AUGCAACGAACGAGCGACGAGCUUGUUAUAGACGAAUCUAAACCAAUUUAUCGAAAUAACGAAAUAAUACGAUUAAAAGAGAUUGGCGACGAACAAAUAGCGGCAACUCGUAGUGUUUGGUUAAGCGAAAAAUCAUCUGAUUGUUGCGUGGAAAAAUCGUCUUACGGCGACAACGACGACAACGACGACAACGACGACGACGAUAACGUCGACAACGACGACAACAUCAACGUGCCAACUAAACGACUUACAAACAAUUGUAGUACAACGAAAGAGCGUCGUAUACAUGCAGUCAGCCCGAUGCAGUAUCAAAACGGCCGAUUCUUAAAUUAUGGCGUGGAUCAAGAAGCAGAUGCAAAACUUCAACAAAUGAUAAAUAAUUAUCAAGCACAAGUAUUGCAGCAACAACGAUCCACUUUCACUGAUCAUGAAAUUAUAAGAAGUUUUCCUGAACCACCGUCAUUAUCAGCUUCAAGUGUUCAACAAAAAAUGCCACCAAUGAGUCAUUCUCAACCAUGUCUUAUCAAUAUCACUGAACGCAAAAAAGAUAAAGUUGGUGAAUCUGCACCACCUAUGUAUACAUCAUUGGAGCAGAGCGAUAUUCGUGAAAAUUUAAGCCUGAAGUCUAAACUUUUAUCAACUCAAAAAUGUUUAAAAGCUUUACAAGACGAGAAUGCGAGUUUAAAACAACAAUGCGAAUUUCAUAAAAAAAAGACAAAUCGACUUCAACAGUUGGAAAGCGCUUAUGAAGCUAUUGAAAAAGAAUAUGAAAGUUUAACGAUGCAGAAUGAAAGACAAGAUAACUUAGAGAAAGCCAUGCGAGCAAAAAUGGAAAACCAAAUUUCUAGGCUUUCAACGGAAAAUGAUAUUUUGCGAGAAAGAGUUGAUGAAUUAACGCAAAGACUUCAAGUAGAUCCUCAAUCGGAUCAGUUAAAUAAACUCAAUUUAAUCCUCAACGAAAUGAUUCCACAAAAUAAAGAACUUUUGGCGUGUAAAGAACGACAAAAACGAGAUAUACAAGCGUUGGAAAUAACUCUUAAAGAACAAAGAAAUCAUAUACAAAUUUUAGAAAAAGCUUUAAGUAAUGCGCAAGAAAAAGUUUGGAAAAAAGAAAAGGAAGUUGAAGAAUUGAGUGGUAAUACUGAAAGAAUAUUAUCAUUACAACGAGCAGUUGAAAAAUCACUAAUGGAUAAGCAAAAACGUGAAGAGGAAUGGAGUCGUGAAAGAGCUCAAUUAGAGAUGGAAAAUGCACAAUUGAAGAUGCAAUUAGCUAAGGAAAGUAUGUCAGUUGGAGUUAAAAAAGGAGCGGGAGCAAGAAGUCCUGACAACGAAGAAGUUGUCGCAAAACUUAAAAAGACACUUCACACUAAAGAGGAUAAAAUAACGUCACUAGAAAAAAAUAUCAUAGAAUUGGAAGCAAAAUUCCAUGAAGAAAUGCAGCGGAAUAAAAUGGCCAUUUCAACACAAUCCGAUUCAUUAUCCGGAAAACUAAAAAAGAUGGAAGAAGAAAAGAGCGAAAAAGAUCGGAAAAUUGCUGAAUUGACUGAAGAAAAAGAAAAGCUUAUUGAAAAACUAGAAGAUGAACGAAAAAAUUCAGAUAACAGAAUCUCUUGCAUGGAACGAGAAAUCGAAAGAAUUCGAAAUGAACGCAGGCUACGAGAAGACAUGGCGCGUAUGGAACAAAUGCGCUUAAAAAUUGCUGAUAGGCGUUGCUUUACAACUGAUAGAACUAGAAAUCGAUUUAACAGUCAUGAUCGUACGUCAUCAGGAUCGAAAGCAUCAAUUUGCCAGAAUCAUGCAAGAGCGAAUUCGGCAUCUGCACUCCUACGAUCUGAUUUGCAAUUCCCAAUUGUCAACGCUAGUUCAUCGCUCAACGAAAGCCCUUUAGAUUUAUCAAGCAGCAGUUCCCUGUCUAAGAGUACUCUUCCUCAAAACGCACUAUGUAACAAUGACUCGAAUAAAAGCGAUUCAAUUCCCGAUGGGCUUUGCGAUGGAUCUCGUUGUUCGCGGCAGACACCAAUUCGAUCCCAUUACGAUAUAGAUUUUUCUGAUAGUGAAGGUAUUUUCUCGAGAUUUACUCGAUAUACUGGGCAUGUUGCAGCGCAUCGUAAUGGAAAGCGUACAAAAGAAAAUGCUUUAAAAUCUCAAGAAGAAGUUUGGGAUGUUUAG